CCUUGUUCUUGAAGACCUUUAUUUUCGACGUCCCCCCUUCCCCAUAAGAGCAGCCGUCAUCUGAUCCUCUCUCGCUUUGAAUGGGCGUCUCUAGGAGUGCCAGAUGUUGAAACAAAGGUCUAAAAAUAAUCUUUCCAUCUAUCUUUCCAGGGACGUUGGGGCACAAGCUCCGAACAGCUGCAAGGAGAUCAGAGAACGUGAUCAAACGUGGAGUAAGAAAAGCUCCAGGAUAGCCCUGGGUAUGAGACUCAAGGCUUUGGAUUUUUCUCUCUUUGUCUUUUUGCAUUAAGGAUAAUUGCGUAAAGGCAAGAGGGGUGUUUUCUCACUCAACGGUUGGGACGCCUUCUCUCUCUGGGGAAAGCCAAAGUGAAGUUGACCUCCCAGGUCCGGAUCUGGAGUCUUGAUUUUAAUUGUUCAUGGUGAGAAGCUGGUAGCUGCUGGAAUGGGCCGCGGAGGGCAGUUCUCCACCAGACUGUUUGCUGCUACAGCGUGUCUCUUGCUUCUGUUCCCCUCUUCGGGCUUUGCAGAAAGACGGUGGAAACGUGGUCUUCACCUGAAGCUGAGAGAAAAAUACGAUGACUACGAGUACCCUCUUCAUUCUCACGGGGCACCCUACCAGAAGAACGACCGUUGUCCGCCUCCACCGCAGACUCUACCCGACGGAGCUUGUGAGGUGCCCGGCUGCCGGUCCGAUUCCGAGUGCGAAAGGCACAAACGUUGCUGCUACAACGGAUGCAUCUAUGCCUGCUUAGAAUCUGUGCAGCCACCCCCAGUUUUGGAUUGGCUGGUACAGCCCAAACCACGCUGGCUGGGUGGAAACGGCUGGUUGCUGGACGGACCGGAAGAAGCCUUACAAGCCGAGGCGUGUAGCACCACUGAGGAUGGCGAAGAGACCCUGCGCUGUCCGACAGGCUAUGAAUGCCACAUCAUUAAUCCCGGCAAUGCUGCCGAGGGCAUCCCCAACAGGGGACAGUGUAUCAGGCAACGGGGGAAUUCAGACGGACGGAACCUGCAGCCUAAAUAUUACAAGGAAUACUUGGGAAGCAGCUCCAACCACGUGGUGGGUUUGGGUUACACGAAACAACAGCAGAAACACCUCGGUUGAUUCCUACAAAGGCCAGUGGAGGACUCUACCGCUGGUUGGCCUUCGGUGUGAAAAUACCGAAUGACACCUCUGCUCUGGUUACCACAACUGGGCCUUACCCACAGGAUCUCCCACGCAUUCAACUCUGACCUUAUUUUUGGAACCCCCUCUGGAAAGAUGCCAUCUUUCCUCCUGAGGUGAUUUCCCAGAAUCUCACUUUGGUCUGAAAUGAACUGUCCUGGAUUCUGUUUUCGUCUGCUGUAUGACCUCAAGCCAGCUAAUCCAGUUCGACUCCUCGUCUUACUACCACAGCGUCACACCCACUGUGUUUUGGCUAAAUUCAGGCCCACCCAAAAAACCCAGCUGUAAAACUGAGAAAGAGAAUUGUUCCCUGGUAGUAGAUAACAUGUGAUAGAUAAUGUGAGCUUAACACCCUGUGAGCCUCCCUACAAGCAGAGGUGCCCAGACUGGCUUUUGAAGUUUGCUGCAUACAUCGAGAUAACAUCCUUAUUUUGGACAAAGUUCUCCUGUCUUCUAAGCUAAUUUUUUCACCACCUUUUACAGCUCAUUAAUCUAGAAUUUUCAGUGAGCAGUACUAUCUUGCUGGGAGGUAAGGUCUGAUCUCCUCAGAUCUCAGAAGCUAAGCAAGGUCCAUUCUUGGAUGGGAGGCACCCAAGGAAGGCUGCAAAAGAAGGCCAUGGCAAACCACCUCUGCUUCUUGCUUGCCUUGAAAGCCCCUUUCUUGGUUCACCAUAAGUCUCUGGAGAGGCAGGCAGUGGCAAACUACCUCUGCUUCUCAUGUGCCUUUCAAGCCCAUUGCUGGGUUCACCAUAAGUUUCUGCAGCAGCAGGCAGUGGCAAACCACCUCUGCUUCUUGCUUGCCUUUCAAGCCCCUUGCUGGGUUCACCAUAAGUCUCUACAGAGGCAGGCAGUGGCAAACCACCUCUGCUUCUCACUUUCCGUGAAAGCCCCUUGCUGGGUUCACCAUAAGUUUCUGCAGCAGCAGGCAGUGGCAAACCACCUCUGCUUCUCAUGUGCCUUUCAAGCCCCUUGCUGGGUUCACCAUAAGUCUCUACAGAGGCAGGUUGUGGCAAACCACCUCUGCUUCUCGCUUGCCUUGAAAGCCCCUUGCUGGGUUCACCAUAAGUUUCUGCAGAGACAGGCUGUGGCAAACCACCUCCACUUCUCACUUGCCUUGAAAGCCCCUUGCUGGGUUCACCAUAAGUUUCUGCAGAGAUAGGCUGUGGCAAACCACCUCAGCUUCUCACUUUCCUUGAAAGUCUCUUGCCGGGGUCGCCAUAAGGUGGCUGUGAUCAGACCGUACUUUACACACCCACGGUAAUAUCUUGCUACUUGUAGAAAAGAAAUAAAAUAAAAGCAUCUUUGUCCUUUGA